AUUGCAUUACUAUCAGUAUGUACAGAUCUUUUGGAAUGACAUCAGCGAUGAGCGUGUGUUCAUAAAUAGUCCGCAUUGACCAAAUCUUCAUAGUCACCAUUAACAGAUCAAAAUUAUACGUACCCACGUGUAGUUGGUGCAGGACUAAUCUCAUGUGCAUAACAUGGUCACAGUGAUACUACUCCUUGUACCGUUACUCGCAGGCACACAGCCAUAAAUCUCCGAUACAACUGUGUGCACAAUGCUUCGUCCGUAUACCUGAGAUGGCAGGUAGCUCUCCGGUCACAGUCAUAGUCAUUGUAUUACCUUUCCUCACAGGAACCGUUCUUGGAUCAGCCUGUGGGCCACACUGUUACUUUUGUAAACCAACCGGGUCCUGCACGCUCUGUAACAGCGGCUGGUACGGAUCUGGAUGCAAGACCCGGUGUCCACUAACCUGCCCCGGGAGCUGUCACAAAACCACCGGCUUCUGCAAGUCCUGCCUGGAAGGAACUUACGGGAACCUCUGUCAAGAGAAAUGCUCUCCGAACUGCAGUGGCGGCAGACUGUGCAACCGCAGGGAUGGGGACUGUACUGAAGGAUGCCAGCAGGGUUUCCAUGGUAGCAGAUGCACUGUGAAGUGUGGACACUGUGUAGAUGGUGAUUGUGAAAGACUUUCAGGCAGCUGUGCCGCAGGAUGUACUGAUGGAUGGACAGGACACAAAUGCAGUGUAGAGUGCAUGCCAAGGUGUAUCAAAUGCACUACGCCCAAUGCUUGUGUGUUGUGUGAGGGAGACCUCCUUGGACCAUUUUGUGAUAUAACGAGGAACAUGACGGCUAUAGAAACUACGAUACUACCUUCUCCACCUGCUAACAGACAACCUUUGAAUAAUUCAGACAUUGCUCAAACUGAGGACAAGUCUGGAGCAGUUGUUGGCAUUUCUUUGGGAAUAAUAUUUACAAUUCUCAUAGUGCUCCUUAUUGUAUGCAUAUUGGUGUACACGGACGGAAUUAGAAAAAUUCGUCGAGUAUUUGAUCCCGUUCAUAAGGCUCACCGGCACCCCCAACACGAGCCUCUGUAUCACCACGAUGCACUAGGCAGUCCAACUAUCAGUAGAAGCCAUCUAAAACUAAACGAACAUACAAACAGAAAAUAGUGCUGAGGGCAUUUGAAGAGAAAGGACGGGUCUGGUGAGAUGUACAACAAAAGGCUUGACCAAGAAGACGGGUCUCCAAAGGAAGACAUUGUGUGAGAGGCAGGUGCUAGCGGCACAGCAAGACAUGCUCACCCUCUUCGCUAACACCUGGUGUCAUCACUGAUUUUCACUGAUCAUUCAUGUAACUUUCACCUCUAUUUUGCCAUCUAUGCCCAGUGGAAUCUGUUUCGGCAGAUACUCGGGUCUGACUAUUCUAGUUCCUUCAACAGAGAAUGGUUGUACUUUGACAACGCUGACUAAAAGGGCACCCAUGGGGCAUACUAGGGGUAUACUAGGGGCGUACUAGGGGCAUACAAGGGACAUACUAGGGGCAUACAAGGGGCACACGAGGGGCACACAAGGGGCAUACAAGGGGCACACAAGGGGCAUACUAGGGGCACACAAGGGGCAUACUAGGGAAACACAAGGGGCACACAAGGGGCAGACGAGGGGCACACAAGGGGCAUACUAGGGGCACACAAGGGGCAUACUAGGGAAACACGAGGGGCACACAAGGGACACACAAGGGGCAGACAAGGAGCACACGAGGGGCAUACGAGGGGCACACAAGGGGCAGACGAGGGGCACACAAGGGGCAUACGAGGGGCACACAAGGGGCAUACAUGGGGCACACAAGGGGCAUACAUGGGGCACACAAGGGGCAUACUAGGGAAACACAAGGGGCACACAAGGGGCAUACAAGGGGCACACAAGGGGCAUACUAGGGGCAUACAAGGGGCACUCAAGGGGCAUAUUUAGGACACACAAGGGGCAUACAAGGGGCGGGCACACAAGGGACACACAAGGGGCAUACUAGGGGCAUACUAUUGCUCCUCGAAACUGCUUGGAUUGUCUUUAUACAAGUGUAUUAUUACGUUUUUAAAUAAAUGACAUAAUACAAAAUUCA